AUGACGUCAUUCCGGGCAAAAUUUUGGCGUCCAGGGGACGAAGAUCCAAGACUUAAAUUAGAAGAAGAACGAACAUCAGAUUCUGGGGAACAAUACGCUAUAUUUAAUCCGUAUGCAUCUCUAUCCAUCCAGCAGCAACGACAAAAAUUGCCCGUUUUCUCCGUGCGGACGCAUCUCCUUUACUUGGUGGAGAACUAUCCAACUUUAGUAGUGAUAGGACAUACAGGCUCUGGAAAAAGUACACAGAUACCCCAAUAUUUACUUGAAGCAGGAUGGGCCAGCCAGGGACAUGUGAUCGGUGUUUGUCAACCACGCCGAGUGGCUGCUGUAUCUUUAGCUACACGAGUAGCUGAAGAACGUGGUACCUUACUAGGUGAUGAGAUUGGAUACCAUGUUAGAUUUGAUGAUUGCACUGAUCCAAAGACAACUGCACAUCAGCUGAUCAACGUGCUGGAAGGGCAGGACGAGUACGUGCAGGGAGGGCAUACAGGUUGUAUACUGAAAAAGAGUAUGGAAAACUACUUCCUGCUACGAUUCCAGAGAUGCAACGCAGUGAUCUCUCCCCUGUAG